AUCGACACAGGUUUCGCUCCAUGAGCUUGACACAUGCGCCGGUCACCGGUGUGUCGGUGUUGCUGGACCCAUCACUACUUGAGGUGGUAACGACCACGCGGGGAUAUCUCCUCCUGAGACGGCCUCUGGAGCAGUCACCUAACGGUUCCGGCGAGCAUCGCCACAACAUCGACAGAACCAAGGCAGUUUUGCGGCAAAAGUUACACUGCAAAAGGAUGAGCGGGGAUGACCUGAACCCAGCUGCAAUGGCUCAGCCUGUAGAGGAUGUUCAAGGUGAUGGACGCUGGCUGUCUCAGCAUUCAAGGUUUGUGCAGGAGUGCAAAGAUGGGGAACCAGAUGUCCUGUUUGUGGGGGACUCUAUGAUCCAACUAAUGCAGCAGUUUGAGGUGUGGGGGGAAUGUUUCUCUCCUCUUCACGCUCUCAACUUUGGCAUUGGGGGUGACACCACCUGUAACGUGCUGUGGAGGCUGCAGAACGGAGAGCUGGAGAACAUCUGUCCCAAGGUGGUAGUAUUGUGGGUAGGAACCAACAAUUAUGAGCACUCAGCAGAGCAGGUUGCUGGAGGAAUUCUUGCCAUUGCACAACUUCUCACCUCUCGCCUACCUAAAGCAAAGGUAGUUGUACUGGGUUUGUUGCCUCGAGGGGAGCAUCCCAACCCACUGAGGGAGAAGAACUCUGCUGUAAACAAGCUCCCUUCUCUCGGCCUGGCACCACGGCUUGGCCAGGCUCAGCUCUUGGAUCUGAGCGGAGAGUUGGUCCACUCAGACGGAACCGUUAGCUCCCAGGACAUGUUCGACUACCUCCACCUGACGUCGGCGGGUUACCGCCUUGUCACCAAGCCCCUCUAUGACCUGCCUCAGAUCCUGGAGGAGACGCCCGAGGAGAGAAGGGCAUCACUGGUUUGAGGGCUGGAGAAGGGCUGCACAUCCCACCUAGGAGCACGCUCGCCCCCAGCUGCUGUGGGGUGGGGAGGCGUGCUCCUGGUACCUGGAGGAGGACGGGUUGAUGGAGUGAAGGUGUGAAGAGGGAGAGAGAUAUAAACUACAGAUAUAAACACUGAUUAGAGCAGGAAUAUUUAUUGGAAAACAUCACCACCAUCUCACUUCUGCAGUAACCACACAAAUCCAUCCAGUCACAACCUUUAGUUGGCUACAAGCAGAAUUCUGUGUGCUGCAGUCCCAGUUGGAAUGAUGUCACAAAGCCCUCAGCGGGAUGUGACACUAUCCUGUCUGAGCAGAAAGCACAUGUUGACUCCUGACUUUUGCAGCUUUGUUGCAGCUCAGCGUGCAUGGUAAAACAAUUCUCUGUGACUCCAUAUCAUGUGUGUACUUCCACAUCUCGUCUUCCAAACACCCUCAGCAAGCGAGAAGCUUUGGUUCCAUCCAGAAAGUUUGUUUUGGUAAGCAACGUGUCGCAGAUCAGGGUUAAACGACCAUGAUGUCAGUAUGGGGUGCAGUGUGUACAUUAAUGAGUCGUCCUACGCCGCUCACUCUGAUGUUCCUCAUGUACAGUCUGACUAUGCCAUAGUAUUUUAGCAUUGUCAGCUGAUUGUAUAGAUACUUUCCCUUCUCUCCUCCUGGAAUCCUCACCCCUCCCCAAUUGUAGUGGUAAAUAGUUUUCAGUAAUGAAAGCAAAUCCACGUGAUUAAGCUAAUACUAUCAUGCUAGCCGCUAGAAGGCAAUCACAGACCGCCGAUGAAGGUGAAAUCAUGGGUGAGCUUUUUGCUGCAGACAAUAGGAAUCCAAACUCCUGUCGACACAAUGCUGUCGUACACACUAGUGUGGUGUGUUAAAUGUAAAUAGUGUGUGUCUGUGCCUUAAGUGUUUGCGAGGGAUGGUUGUGAAUGUGUGUGUGUGUGUUUGGAGGACUGAUCGUGUACAGGAUAUACGAGGAAAGAUUGAAGCAAACAUUUGCACUGUUAUGGCUUGUUAUCAUGUUACUGAGGUCAAACAUUCCAAUAAAAAUAAACCUGACCAUG